AUGAAAACGAGGAGCCAGUCUGCAAGUUCAGCCGACGGGUGGGUAAAGCCCGCAGACGUCUGGCCGGAGUGGGGCAGAGCAGGGCCAAGGCGACGCAGCGGCGUGGGGCAGGACGCCCAGCGACCGUGGCGAAGGACGGGGCUGAAACACCCGCCGGCGGCUGCGUUCGCCUUCCUGCUGGCCCUGGCCCUGCUGGCGCUCACCCGCCUGCCCCCGCUGCUCCCCGGCGGCGACGGGGCCGUUCCCUCCCCGGCGGGGACGUCGCCCCGGCCCCGACGGGACGCGGCGGCCCCCCAGCCGGGAGGCUUCGCCCGUGGCCGGGAGCCCCCCUGGCCCCACGGCAACCCGGGCACGGAGGAGCCGAGCGGGCCAAGCCACCGUCUGCGGUUUGGAGAGACGAUCCUGCCUUGGUUUUCCGCCGAUGACGUGCAGAGGAUGAAACUGCUGGCCAACGGCGAGGUGGUGGCCAAAACCAGAAUCCCAGGCCACGGGCAAAUACUGCGGGUUGGCCUUCGGGCUGCCCCGGGCGCUUCCCGGGCGGACCUGGACGGAGACUGCCUCGACGGGCUCUGUGGCCUGAUCAAACGGCCCGGGGACCUCUACGAAGUCCUGGCUUUCCACCUGGACAGAGUCCUGGGGCUGAACAGGAGCCUGCCCGCCGUGGCCCGCCGCUUUGGCAGCCACCUCCUGCCCUACAGGUACACGGACGGCGCGCCACGGCCCAUCAUCUGGUGGGCGCCCGACAUCCAGCACCUGGAGGACGCCAACAACGACCAGAACUCCUUCGCGCUGCGCUGGGUGCAGUACCAGGCCCUGCUGCGGCAGCGCUGCGGCACAGCGGGCUCCUCCGCAGCGGCGGCGGCGGCGGCGGCGGGGCGAGCGCCUUGCCUCGGCAUUGAGCACGCCGAGUGGAGCCGGCUGGCGCUCUUCGAUUUUCUCCUCCAGGUGCACGACCGCCUGGACCGCUACUGCUGCGGAUUUCAGCCGGAGCCGUCGGAGCCCUGCGUGGAGGAAAUGCUCCGCGACAAGUGCCGAAACCCCGCGGAGCUGGCCUUGGUCCACAUCCUGGUCCGGAGGAGCGCGCCGUCCCACCUGGUGUUCAUCGACAACGCGGGUCGGCCUCAGCACCCGGAGGCAAAGCUCAACUUCAGGCUGCUGCAAGGCAUAGAGAGCUUCCCGGAGACAGCCGUGGCCAUGCUCAAGUCAGGCUGUUUGCAAAACGUGCUCCUGCAGUCCCUGUACGUGGACCGGGAGUUUUGGGAAAGCCAGGGCGGCUCCGAAGGCCUGAAACCUUUGCUUCAGACCCUGGAGAGGCGUGGGCAGAUCUUACUGCGGCACAUCCAGGAGCACAAGCUGACGGUGUUCAGGGAGCCAUCGCAUUAA